UUCACUUCACUGUUCUUCUUUUGGAAACGAGCCCUGAAAGAGGGAGGGAGGGUUAGAUUGAUCCAAUCCGUCGAUUGAUCCGUUGGAGGCAAAUCAUUCUUCAAAUUCCUCGGUUUGGGAGAGAUAGAUAUACACAAAUACAAUAGAUAUAGAGAGGAAAAGUUACAGAGAGAGAGAUGAUGGAAUGGAGACGAAGUUCAAGGAGAUAGAAGAAGAAGAAGAUGGCGAAAGCAGAUUGGGGGUAUAACGGGAGAGGCAAAUGGUGUUCGUACAAGCGAACCACAAUCAUAAUAUGUUCAAUCAACAUUGUUGUUGCUCUUUAUGUUCUUCACUCUAUGUACACUUCGCUUUACAUAUACCCCUAUAACGAUUCACAAACCGGUAUGAAUUCAAGUCUGUCUUUGAUUGGAUUUUACAGAUGCAGCGUUAUUGUUGAUAUCUUAAGUACCAAUUUGUUAAUUCGGUUUUGUGAAGGCACAUUGGUGAUUUUGUUGGUUUUCUUAAUGCACAACGCUUGUUUAUUGGUGGGUGUUUUGUAUGUAAAGCUUUUAGGUAUACGUCAGAUCAAAUUAGGAAAAUGGAAGAAUCAAUUCGUAUACGUAAAGCAUCGGAACCUGUAAAGCUUGUAAAAUUGGUGAAACAAAUCAAGGAGAAAUAUUUGACAGAAGAAAAGAUUGUUGAAUUGCCACAGCCUGUGAAACAGAAGAUAACCGAUGAGAUACUAGGAAGGUUGAGAGUCUUGAAUGCCAGCGCCAAUGCAACGGAGCUGCAAGACGCUGUUGAAAGUUGGCGCAAUGAAAAACUUAAAGAAGCUAAACAAAUUACGCAUGGGAAGACUGUAAACUCUACCAUCCCACCUGAGGAAGCUGGGAUGCUUGUAAGAGCUCUGGAGUCAAGUUGGGCUGAGUUGUCGGAGGACAUAGGUCUCUGGAUACCUGUUGAAAUCGUUCACAAAGAACAUGACGACAAGCCUGAGGGUGAAGAAGAGUCUGAAAAGGAAAUUUUACCUGGCAGGCCGCUACCUCCUGAAUGCCAUGGUGAACUGCAUACAGAUUAUGAUGGUGCUGCUGUCAGAUGGGGCCUUACCCAUCAUAAAGAAUCCGCUUAUGACUGUUGCCAAGCUUGCUUGGAUCAUGCUAAACAUGCCAAAGAGGGUGAAAAUAAAUGCAAUAUAUGGGUUUAUUGCCCAUAUGAGACAGGGUGCUAUUCUCCAGAUAUUUAUGAACACAAACAUGGGGAAUGCUGGCUAAAAUAUGCGGAAAAACCCAGACUUAAUUUUAAGAACAAAUAUUCAGACUCUUACAGAAAUGCUCACCCAAAUGCACCAGUUAUUGUUCCAUGGGUCUCUGGUGUAGUCGGUGCAUAAUUUUUCGCUUUCUUUUCAAGGGGCUGCAAAUAGGAAGCCAGCCUGAAGACUUACAGAGAGCUGCAAACUUGUGGUAUGAGGACUCUCGCAAAAAAAACACAUGCAGUUAGCUGUAUUUAAAUCCUUGUGCAUGCAAGUCUUAUAUCAGUAGGAGGUUUUUGAGGUUUUCUAUUUUUCCCUAUUUCUGUUUGGUGGUUUUGAAGGUUGGGAAAUACCACUCGCCACCGGAGGCAAGGAAGGGGCAGUAGGAUGGAUUUUUUUUUUUUUUGGGGUAUUGAACGGUGGUGGGCUUGGUGUGGAUGCUUUAAAUUUAGGAUCCGAUACUAAGUGGAGUGCAUUGUAAGUGGUUAGAUAUGAAAAUGGUUUUGUUUAUGGAUGGUGUAAUUCAAAAAAUUGUUUCAUCCUAAAAGGGAUGUGAUAGAUCUAGCAUCAAUUUU